AUGGCUCAUUUACAAUACAUGCCUGGUGAUCCUCGUUUAGUUGAUCAAUUGGUUUACGAGUUGAAAUCAAAAGGAAUUUUCGAUCAGUUUAGAAAAGACUGUAUAGCAGAUGUAGAUACAAGACCAGCAUAUCAGAAUCUUCGGCAGCGUGUAGAGAACUCUGUGUCAUCAUUCCUUGCCCGACAAGUUUGGAAACCAGAUCUCAACAAGAAUCAACUAAGAGAAAAAUUGAGAAAACAUAUUUUAGAUGGCAAUUACCUGGAACAAGGGGUGGAAAGAAUAGUAGAUCAAGUUGUAAACCCAAAGUUAGCAACGGUAUUUGUUCCAAAAGUAGAAGACCUUGUCUAUGACUAUCUGGGUAUCACUAGAAAGAAGAACUCAGUUGAAACAUCAAAUGGAAUUGCAGAUUUGCUUCCAACAGACUUAGAAGCAGUAAGUCCAGGUUCAGUUAAAAGUAAUGAAGAUAAAGAUGAUCCAAUGGAAGUGGAUGGAAUAUCUGAGCCAGUAUAUGAACAAAAAAAAGAAGAAAAGUUAGCUGAAGUAACUGAGAAAAUUGAAGAAGCAGAAACAUCUGGUGUUAGUGAAUUAACAAUACAUGACUCAAAUGGUUGUGACAACAAAGACAGUAUUCCACUCCCUGCAGAGGAGAUAAGACCUGAAGAUAUACCUCCUCCUGAAAAUAGUCCUCCAAAAGUUGAAAAGGUUGAGAUAGACAAAAUAGAACUACCAAAAGAACAAGAUGUUGCUACAGAUAUUCCAUUACCUGAUGACAUACCAAAACAAGAAAAUGGUACUUUCUUUAAAACUGUCAACAGUGAUGAUGACGACUCUAGUUCGGAUUCAUCAUUACGUAGAAAUAUGUCACCUUUGACUCCUAUCAGAAGUUACAAUAAUGAAAACUCUUGCGAUGCCCAACAAGCAUUUGAAAACCAACUGAUAGAGAGUAAAAAGGAAGAAAUCAAAGAGCCAAGUACUUUCAGAUUUGCAUUAGACACUAAAUCUACUGAAAAUAGUUUGGAUGCACCUAAAAUGGAUCAUAAAAAUGAAACUGAUUUAUCCUACCAGUUAAAUCAAGUUAAUAUAAAUAAUUUUAUAACACCUGCAUAUGAAGACAGUUCUAAUAGCAAUCAUUUACAAAUUGAUUAUGAAAGUGAUGCCAACAGUAAAAUAAAUACUGAAAUUAAAGAAGAAGCCGAUCAAAAUUCUGAAGAAAGUAAAAAAGAAAACCCAAAGCAAGUCAGCCAAAAAAGCAGUCAUAAAAGCUCACAUAGGCCUAGAGAACACAAGCAUUCAGCAAGGGACAAAAAGCCGGAGUCGAAACCUUCAAGCAGUAGAGAUACCAGUCGCCAUGAUAAAAAAUCUAAAGAUGAUGGUAAACAUAAACCAAGUGAAAAAGAAAGAUCAAGGGAUAGAGGUGAUAGAAAAGAAAAUAAAGAUUCAUCUAGACACAGAAGCUCUCACAAAUCGAGCCAUAAAGACUCAAAAUCUCAUCGAAGCUCAAGCUCCAGCCAUAAACAGUCAAACAGAUCAGAUGAUAAAAAGUCUUCAUCAGCAAAUCAAAAAGACAAACAAAAAAGUUCAGAUAAAUCUUCUUCUAAAGAUAAGCAUUCUAAGGAUUCAAAAUCCAGUUCUCACCAUGCCGAUAAAGACAGAAAGAGCAGUAGUAGCAGUAAAAGUAGAUCUAGUGAUAAAGAUAAAGAUAAAAAGUCUAAAAAAGAUACAGAUGAUCACUACAGCCUAUCUGGUAGGGGUAAUCCGAAUAGACGUUCAACUGAUAGAGAUUCCAAUGAUGGCAGUUCUUCAUCUAAAGGUUCUCAUCAGCCUUCUAGUUCUAAAUCAUCAGAUAGCAAAAAAGAUGCAAAGGAAAGCACUUCAAAAUCUGAUAGUAAAUCUGAUAACACAUCUGGGAGUGGUUCAACUACGCCAAGUGAUAAAGUAGCCCCACAUGAUGUGGGUAAGAAAGCUGAAGUAUUACAAAAACAACCUAUUGUCAGAUUAGAAACCCAUUUAGAAACACCAGUAGCUUCACCACCAAGAUUGCCUUUUGUACCUGAUAUUACAUUGAAAAAGCCAAAAAUAGCAGCUAAUUUUGAAGAAGCAAAGAAAAUUAUGAAAAUGCGCAAAUUUUUAGAAGAAGAGCAAAGACGUAUGAAUCAAGAAGCAGCUCUGCUUUUGGAGUUUCAAGCUAAUGUGAGACCAAGCCUUAGUCAAGUAUACUCUAGUAUACCUGGACCAGAAUUAGAAUUUGCAUGUAAUACUAACACAGCAAAUCAAUAUAAUAUACAAAAUACUGUUCCUUGUGAAAGACAACGAACUUAUGUUGAGGAAAAAACCUACACAAAUGCAGAAUUAUAUAAAGAGUUAAAUGCAGGUAAUGAAACAGAAAUUAGUGAUGAAGAACAAGAAAAUAUAAGCCAAAAGAUUGAAAUGUCUUCUGACUCAGAAAAAACAAAUAGAACCCUUUCUGAUGAUUUGACUAUUUCAGAAAUUAAUAGACAAUCAAAUGUUAAAAACGACCCUAAUGAUGAUGUAUCUGAAAUGCGACCCGGUGAAAAGGAAAAUAGAGCAAACAAAAACAAAUCUAGGAAACAAUGCAUAUCUGAGGAAAAUGUAGAAAUAAAUAAAAAUGAAAUACAAAAAGAUGAUGAUUUGUGUUUCUUUGCUGAACAUGAGAAAUAUAACUCAGAACUAGAAAAAACUAAAUAUGCUGAGUUUCUUAAAUUGUAUAUUAAAAAAACAAAUUUAUGCAAUAAGCUUUAUCUAAUUAAUUGUGGUACAUAUGAAGAAAAUGUACUUAAAGAUGUUGCUAGUACUUUUGGUGACUUUGACAUCGUCAGUUAUCAUAGGAAUGGCCAAUUAAAAAUGCCUAAAACAAAGGCAAUAGUAAAAAACUUGAAUCUGACUGCUGAAGUACAAUUACCAAUUGAUUCUGAGUCUCAAUCCAGUGACUCAGAUAUAAAAUGCCCAGUAUUUAGUCCUGGGAAAUCAGAUUGUUCAUUUGAAUUAAGUAACGAUUAUGAUGCUAAAUUACAAGAAAUGGUAAAUAAAACUUCUAGAAAAGAGAUCAUGCAAAUUAUCUUAGGCGAUAUAAUUGAUGAAUCACCGUCAAAAAUGCCAAAAAUCGAUUAUAUUACCGAAUCGAAUAUUGAUAACGCUAUCGAUUGUAAUAUAAAAAGGAAAAUUAAUGAUAAUGAAACCUCAGAAAAUAACAAUCGGCCAGUUCUAACACCCCAUAAAAUAAGAAAAAUGAGCACUUCUGAACUUAUUACCUCUACCACUCCAGAUACAGAAGAACCAAAUACUGAUAAUCAAGCCAGUGUCAGAUCGAAAUAUUUAGGACGGGCGAAAAGAGUUGGCCUCUCACGACCUAAGAGGACAGAACUACCAAACAGUCCUUCCAGUGACAAAUCAGUAGAGAACUACGAACAGAACACUCCUACUAAAACUUCCAAUGGAAAAGUAAAGGCACCAAGACAUGUGGUGCAACGAUAUGAAACGUCAGACCUAUAUAAACCCAAGUUACAUUUUCUGUCUAGGCGAAAUGUCAGUUAA